ACAGCUUGUUCGAUCGAUAGUCAUACUUACUUUGCCACGCCAUUUACGGCAAUCGCCAGUGCUCGGCAAUUAAGUCAAUUUGUUGUGAUAGAUAUUGAACGGGAUCAGAUCAAUCAUGAUGUUCAGAAAUCUAAAACUAACAACAGCGCACGGGAAAUGCAGGCUAAGAAGAAUAAUCAGCCCCAACAUCAUAUUUCUCAACGGUUUUUGACUGUUUCCGUUUGGGUUAUGCGGACUAAUCCUCUCCACCAGGCGAGUUUUGACGAAACAACGAUGCAUACCAGGACGCAUCUGGGUCAUAUCCUUCACGAAGGCGAUAUUGCUCUCGGGUAA